UAACAAAACAAACCCUAGAAGAUAAAAAACUUUCACGGCCGACAUAUCUUAUUCGAUUCCGAGUCGCAUUGGCUUCCGGUUCUGCUGCUUUUUUCCUGUUACUUUUGUUUUAACAACAUUUGCAAACAAUGAGUGGUCGAUUUUCUCGGUCCAUCUACGUUGGCAACUUGCCCGGCGACAUUAGGGAGUCUGAGAUUGAAGAUCUCUUUUACAAGUAUGGCCGCAUAGUUGAUAUUGAAUUGAAGGUUCCACCUCGUCCUCCAUGCUAUUGCUUUGUUGAGUUUGAGCAUGCUCGGGACGCGGAAGACGCAGUCGAUGGCCGUGAUGGCUACAACUUUGACGGCUCUCGCUUGAGGGUUGAGCUUGCCCAUGGUGGUCGAGGGCAGUCUUCUGGUGAUCGUCGUGGUGGAUACCGUGGUGGAGGUGGUGGCUAUGGUGGUGGAGGUGGUGGUGGAUCUGCCCGGUUCGGCGUCUCACGACACUCUGAGUUCCGAGUUAUUGUCCGUGGACUUCCGUCAUCUGCUUCAUGGCAAGAUUUGAAGGAUCAUAUGCGGAAAGCUGGUGAUGUGUGCUUUGCUGAGGUCACUCGUGACAGUGAUGGAACUUAUGGUGUCGUUGACUACACCAAUUAUGAUGACAUGAAGUAUGCUAUAAGGAAGCUUGAUGAUACAGAGUUCAGAAACCCCUGGGCUAGAGGCUAUAUCAGG